GUGCAAAAUCCCUCCCUAUACCAACUUCCUCACUGCUAUUCUUAUUUCCGUUGUGUCUGGGCUGGGUUAAUUCCAGCCUGGGUCAAGUAAUUGAUCACCAGAUGUUUUUUCAGGUUGUGUACUGUCUUGUGGUUGUGUGGUUGGGUUCUGCUUCAGAAGCAGAGAACUGUCCAGAACUUCCCCCAGUGGACAAUAGUAUAUUUGUUGCAAAGGAGGUGGAAGGACAGAUUUUUGGGACUUACAUUUGCAUCGAAGGCUACCACCCGGUAGGAGAAAAAAAACUUUUUUGCAAUGCCUCUAAGGAGUGGAAUGCCGCCCCCAUUAAGUGCCGCUUAGGCCACUGUCCUGACCCUGUGCUAGUGAAUGGCGAGUUCAACUCUUCAGGACCUGUGAAUAUAAGUGACAAAAUCACGUUUAAGUGCAAUGACCACUACAUCCUCAAGGGCAGCUAUUGGAGCCAGUGUCUAGAAGACCACACCUGGGCACCUCCCUUUCCCGUCUGCAAAAGUAGAGACUGUGGCCCUCCUGGGAAUCCAGCUCAUGGCUAUUUUGAAGGAAAUGAUUUCACCUUGGGAUCUAUUAUUAGUUAUUACUGCAAAGAGAGGUACCACUUAGUGGGCGAGCAGAAGCAGCAGUGCAUUGAUGGGGAGUGGAGCAGUGCACUUCCGGUCUGUGAGUUGAUCCAGAAAGCACCUAAGCCAGCUCUUCAGGAUGCGUAUGAGAAGGCUCUUCUUGCCUUUCAGGAGAGUAAGGACGUUUGCACAGCCACAGAGAACUUUAUGCAACGAUUAAAGGAAAGUGGCUUGACAAUGGAAGGACUAAAAUAUUAUCUGGAGAUGAAGAAGGUUGAGUUGAAGACAAAAAAUGUUGUAACAUUGUAGUAGUACAGACUGGUAAUAUAAAUACAUCUAUGAAUAAAUUUUCCUAUUGAUUCUGAAA